CAAUCUCGAACACCAUAUUACAACCCGUCUGACCAUUGAGACUUCCCAGAGAAUCUAACCGUAAGCCAAGACCUAGCGUCCCGAAGCAUUCCAUCUUGUCCAUUUGGCUUCCAGACUUGAAUGCGGGGUACACCUACUUCGUACGUCUCGCAUCAAAGUCCUGAAGUUUACGACAACAUGUCUCAAUGGCUGUGAUUUCCAAAAAGCGUCUUAUAGACCUAACAGAUUUCCGAUUGACUUAGAUCGUCUUUGCAUGCGGUAAAUAUCCACGUCCUGAACAACUUUUAACAAUUCCUAGCAGCCAACCGGAAAUCUACAAAAGACCUAGUCACGAACUCAACAAAAUGACAUCAACGACACCUCCCGACGUGGCUGCACACGUCGAGUCCCUGAUACCCAAAUUCCAACUUACUCGUCUCCUCAACUCCGAUCAAGCUGGCCGCCGCAUCUCCCUCCUCGGCACCAUCGAUUCCCAAGAUGCCCUUCUAAUCGCCGAACGCGCCGCCUUCGACACCUCAGACUCCAACAUGCGCGGCUUCUCCACCUCUUUGCGGAACAUCAAGAACCUUGGCGCAAACGACAUCUAUGCCUGGUUUCUUGCCAACAGCAACCCCUCGGCUUCUGGAGACCCUCAACCCCCGCCGGAUUUCAAGAUUAAUUUGAUAUAUCCCUGCACAGCGAAGCAUGUUAAGAAGUACGAGAAGCAGGGGCUGAGGAUUGUGCACGAGACGCCCGAAAUAUAUGAAAAAUACCUGCGUCCGUACAUAGCCAAGCAGCACGAAAAAGGCACACUGCAGUGGGUGUACAACAUCCUCGACGGCCUGAAAGAGCAGGAAGAUGUCAUCUACAAAGAAACCGGUGAGGAAGGGUUCCUGCUCCUGCCGGACCUUAACUGGGACCGCAAGACCCUCGAGUCCUUGCACCUCCUCGGCAUCGUCGAGCGGCGAGACAUCCGGUCUGUCCGCGACCUGAAGAAGAGCCAGGUCCAGUGGGUGGAGCAUAUGCGCGAGAAAAUGUUGGAUGCGACCAUCAAACUGUAUCCUGAGCUGGACAAGGAUCAGUUGAAAUUGUAUGUGCAUUAUCAGCCGACAUACUAUCAUUUCCAUAUUCAUAUUGUGCAUGUCGCGCUGGAAGCGGGGACUACGCAAGCGACAGGGAAAGCGUUGGGGCUGGAGAACAUUAUCUCGCAGCUUGACACUAUGGCUGGAGAUGAUGACGCGAGCUUGGCGGAUGUGAGUCUGAGUUAUCAUUUGGGUGAGAGAAGUGAGUUGUGGGAGAAGAUAUAUCUGCCGCUGAAGGAGGGGAGGGAGGUUAAGGUUGGCGAGUUUUGAGUGAGUGUCUGCUAAAUGAAGCAAACGAGGCUUAGAGACAGACGUAGAGCACUUUCUACAGUUCUUAGAUCAGGAAGUCAAGUUUCGAGCGAUUGUACGUUGCUUUGUU